GCAAUCUCGUACUGGCUUGGAGUAGAGUCGGCCACAACACCCAAACGUUCACCAACCACAGAAACCGCGGGCUUACACUCAGAGCACAACAACACCGGCAAUCUUCUUACAAAAAUCUGUGUGUUAAUAGUUCCAGGGUUUUCUUUUCUUUGUCAUUGCUCUGAAAAGCUUCAAUGUCUUCUUCUUCUUCGUCUUCAUGUGCUCUAUCCCCUUCACUCAGAACACAGCUCUUCAAACCCUUCCCCAACAGAUUUUAUCCGCACCGAAGCAAAUGUGAGAUGAACAGGAGGGGAUUCGCUUUGAGAGGAAUUGUGGCUUCCGGAGUUUCGGUUAUGGGUUCGUCCUUGGUAACCGAACCUGUUCAAGGGGUUGAGAGAUUGCCGUUCAAGCCAGAAGGAUACAAUUUUUGGACCUGGCGGGGUCACCGAAUACAUUAUGUGGUGCAAGGAGAAGGGUUUCCGGUCGUUCUUAUUCAUGGGUUUGGUGCUUCUGCAUUUCACUGGAGGUACAAUAUACCUGAGUUGGCUAAAAGUUACAAGGUUUAUGCCAUAGACUUGUUGGGGUUUGGGUGGAGUGACAAAGCAAUUAUCGAGUAUGAUGCCAUGGUAUGGAGGGAUCAAGUAGUGGACUUCUUGAAGGACAUAGUGAAGGAACCAGCAGUUUUAGUUGGAAACAGCCUUGGAGGCUUUACCGCUUUGAUUGCAGCAGCGGGGUUGCCUGCACAAGUUGUUGGAGUGGCACUACUGAAUUCUGCAGGACAGUUUGGAAAUGCAAAUAGCAAAACUGAAGAGACUGAAGAAACACUCUUGCAGAAGUCGAUCAUAAAGCCAUUGAAGGAAAUUUUCCAGCGUAUAGUUCUUGGAUUUUUAUUCUGGCAGGCAAAGCAACCAGCUCGUGUUGAAUCUGUCUUAAAGAGUGUGUAUGUAAAUGCCUCCAAUGUAGAUGACUACCUUGUGGAAUCAAUAACAAGGCCAGCAGCUGACCCCAAUGCUGGAGAAGUCUAUUACAGGUUAAUGACGAGGUUCAUGUUUAAUCAAAGCAAAUACACUCUGGACAGUGUCUUGAGUGAACUCUCUUGCCCAUUGUUGUUGCUGUGGGGUGACUUGGACCCAUGGGUCGGUCCUGCGAAGGCUAACCGAAUCAAGGAAUUUUAUCCGAAAACGUCUCUUGUUAACUUGCAAGCUGGACAUUGUCCACAUGACGAAGUUCCAGAGCUCGCCAACAGGGCGUUGUUGGAUUGGUUGUCAAGUCUAACACCCGAGGCUCCCCUAUAGGCUCUAGUCGCUGCUGUAACUUGUACAAUCUUAUAGGCUUAAUUAGAGCAACUCACAAUGGCUUAGCUAUUUCUUAUUUUUAUUUAAAAUAAAUAAACAAAAUACUAAAAAACUAUGUACAUCGAAUUAUACCGCUACAUGUAGCAGACACCGUUUAAACGUACAUCUCAUUAAUAUACUAUUUCUCUCUUCA